AUGGAGGAGGAUUAUGUUACUAGAUCAAACUAUGAUGAAUCCAAUGAUGAUACGGUGUCUUGCGCUUCAUCUACUAGUAACCUCAUAGAUGAUAAUAUUGAUUACAAUGUUGUAUAUGCUUUACAUAUAUUUAUUGCUACAGUGGAAGGACAAGUAUCUGUAAUGCGAGGUGAUAAAUUGAUCUUAUUGGAUGACAAUAACUCUUACUGGUGGCUAGUCAAAAUAGUGAAAACAUCCGACAUUGGUUACAUUCCAGCUGAAAAUAUAGAGACUCCUUUUGAACGACUCGCUCGGUUCAAUAAAUAUCGUAAUACAGAAGUCAUUUUCAUACCUUCAUCAGUCAAUGAAUACAUACAUCGCAGAAAAUCAACUAAUAAAAAAGUGACCAUGGCAACCAACGUAUCCAUUCAAUCGAUGAUUGUCACCCUAGAUGAUGAUUCCUCGCAGAUCACGGAAACAUUUCAAGAAUCACAAGGUAACAUUGACCAUCCAUUUGCAUCUACCACCAUUGAUCCAGAUACCACCUCAUCAUCAACGCGAUUAUCCAAUCAUGCAUUGUCCAUCGAAAAGUUAAGUGUACUCCGUGUUUUUGCUGGCAAUAUUAGUGCCAAAGCCACGUUUUAUUCUGUUUUGGUCACAGAAAAUACAACUGCUGAACAACUUUUAAACUUGGCCUUGGAUAGAUAUCAUUUAGCUGAUGAUCAACAAAAGCAGUGUGAAGGUAUUGAGUAUUAUAUCACUGCGAAAGUCAUAGAUGGUGAUGAAAUUGCUCUUGCUCCACAAGAUAAACCUUUGGCUAUCUUUCACUCCUUAAACACUCAUUUGACUACACCUAUGCCAUCCUUGACGCACAUUCGGUCCAAGAUUCAACUAACUCGCAUAGGUGUAAGUAAGACAAAUGUCACUGACUCUUUUGGUGAAAACUCUGUCAUUCGGUUUUUAUUACAUAAACGUAUCAAACGGAUCAAUGAACAAGAUGGUCACCUUCGAAUCAAGAUUGCUUAUUAUAAUACAGUGACAAAAAAGUCGUCAACAACAACAACCUUCUCGCCAUCACGAUUCUCGCAGAUCGAAAAACUUGUCUCCAUUCCUGGUAACACAGUAGUUUCUGAACUUACUUGUUUGGCGUUGGAAAAGUUUCAUAUUCAA